AUGGCCGGGAAGAUGAUAUCAUCAGAUCCUCUUGUUAUUGGGAGGGUGAUAGGAGAUGUAGUUGAUCAUUUCACUCCAACUGUGAAAAUGACUGUCACUUACAACAAUAAGCAUGUCUACAAUGGCCAUGAGUUUUUUCCUUCCUCAGUAACCAUUAAGCCUAAGGUUCAGAUUCAUGGAGGGGAUAUGAGAUCCUUCUUCACUUUGGUUAUGACAGAUCCUGAUGUCCCUGGCCCUAGUGAUCCUUACCUGAGGGAACACUUACAAUGGAUGGUCACAGAUAUCCCAGGCACAACGGAUGCCUCAUUUGGAAAGGAGGUGAUGAAGUAUGAAAUGCCACGGCCUAACAUAGGGAUACAUAGGUUUGUGUUCCUCCUUUUCAAGCAGAAGCGCAGACAGGGAGUGAUGAAAAUACCAACUUCAAGGGAUCUCUUCAACGCAAGGAACUUUGCAGAAGAGAAUGACCUCGGGUCUCCUGUGGCUGCUGUGUUUUUCAAUGCUCAAAGAGAAACUGCUGCCAGAAGACGUUGA